UGUCCGCGGGGCUCGGACGCGUCCAGACCGGCCGGGGCCGCGGCGGACUUCGCGGGCGGCGCCAUGAGCCGCAGCCUGGACGCGGCGCGGAGCUUCCUGGACUCGCUGGCGGCCCGCGGCGGCCGGGAGGGGACGGUCCUCGCGAGCGAGUUCAGCGACAUCCGGGCCCACUCGGCCUCCUGGAAGACAGACCUUGCAUGCUCCACCGAAGCAGGCAGCAGGCCCGAGAAUGUGAACAAGAACCGCUACAAAGACGUGCUCCCGUAUGAUCAGACACGCGUGAUCCUUUCCCUGCUCCAGGAGGAGGGACUUGGUGACUACAUCAAUGGCAACUUCAUCCGGGGCACAGAUGGGAGUCAGACCUACAUCGCCACACAGGGCCCACUACCUCACACCUUGCUGGACUUCUGGCGCCUGAUCUGGGAGUAUGGGGUCAAGGUCAUCCUGAUGGCAUGUCGAGAGGUGGAGAACGGGCGGAAAAAGUGUGAACGUUAUUGGGCCCAAGCACAGGAGCCACUGCAGAUAGGGUGCUUCUGCAUCAACCUGACAGAAGAGACAUGGCUGAAUGUGGACAUCAUGCUCAGGACGCUGCAGGUCACCUUCCAGAAGGAAUCCCGUUGUGUGCACCAGCUGCAGUUUGUGUCCUGGCCAGACCGCGGGGUCCCCAGCCAGCCAGCGCAUGUCCUUGCCAUGGUGGAGAAAGCCCGCUGCUUGCAGGGAGCUGACCGCAGCCCCCUCUGCAUCCACUGCAGCGCUGGCUGUGGGCGGACAGGGGUCCUGUGCACCGUGGACUACGUGCGCCAGCUGCUCCUGACACAGACGAUCCCACCCAACUUCAGUCUCUUCGAAGUGGUCCUUGAGAUGCGGCGGCAGCGGCCAGCUGUUGUCCAGACCGAGGAGCAGUACCGGUUCCUGCACCACGCGGUGACGCAGCUGUUCAACGCCGCGCUGCAGGAUGCCAGCCCCCAGUACCAGAACCUCAAGGAGAACUGCGCUCCGCACUAUGAGUACCUCAAAUCCCUGUGCACUUCCCCGGCCCUUCUCCGCGCGCCCGACCUGCCCGGCGGAGUCCUCAGGAGCAUCUCGGCGUCCCGGGCCCGGGGCCGGGCCAUGGCAGACACCUACGCGGUGGUGCAGAAGCGCGGGAGCGUCGUCGUUGGCGGCGGGGCGAGCCGCUGCGGGGACGGGGACGCGGACGCGCUCUACAGCCGGGUGGUGCGGCGCGCUCGGGACUCCCAGGCGCCGGCCGAGGACCCUCUGGGGCCGCUGCCCGGCCACGCGGCCAGCACUCAGAACCCAGCUGCGGGGGGCGCUUAUGAGGACGUGACAGGUGUCGUGCAGACAGGCAGUCUGGGUUUCAAUGUGCGCAUUGGAAAGCCCAAAGGGCCCCGUGACCCCCCUGCCGAGUGGACACGCAUGUGAGCUGCUGGCCCCCAGCCCCUGCCUGCGGCUUCUCAGGGGGCGCCCUGACCGCUGCCCUCUGGCUGCAAUGUGGGGACAAGGAUGUGAGCGGA